AAAAGAAGGUGUAAAAGUGAAUUAAAUGAAUAUAAAACGUAGCCAAAGUGACAUUGGGCCCAACACACGCACUCACACAUACACACCAACAUACACACCGCAAACACACACAUACAUAUAUAGAUGGAAAUGUGCUCAUGGAUUCAACGACGACAGCAGCCUCUGAUUUUUGGCCCAUGAAUGAACUCAUAUAAAAACUUGACGAGCCAGAGCCAAAAAGCUCCCUUUCACCUUCUCUCUUUCACUCCCACUAACCCGAACCUCCCCUGCUUUCCUUUCACACACACACUUGCAUUCUCUCACACUCAUACCCACACUCACGCACAAGUGUUUCCCCAACUAUUUAAAAGCAUAUAAAAAAGCAAUUUCAAAAAGAAAAAAAGAUUUUUGAAAUAGAAACUUCUCUUUGGCUGCCCCCUUCACUUAACCCGCAUCCCUUUUGCCACACUUCCCCACCCGACCCCGGAACGUUGCUGGAACGUGCCGCGCAUUUGCUAUUAAAACAACAACUACAACAACAACAACAUCACCAGGAGCAGCAGCAACAAAAAAAGUUAAACGACAACUUUGCUGGCGAAAAAGUCGUAGAUAGGCUGUGGCACGAGAAACAGCAGUACGGAGCAGGUGAAGGUGCAACAGAGGCAGCCGGUUUUCUCACGUUUUAGGCUACGCGACGUGGUGAUGUGGGACACAUCCCGCAACGGGCAAUGCAACAACCCCAACGUUUUAUACCGUCUGUAUCUGAUCUAUAUGGCACGGACGAGAUAGAACUGCUGCUGGACGAGAUACGUGAGCUGGAGCUGGAACCGGUCUGCUGUCAGCUGGACGAUGAGCAGGACUUUGAAAUAGCUGGCAGCAGAGCCGGUGAGCUCUCGCUAUCCCUUGAAUCGCCAUUGGGUACAUGCACCUCAUGGGAUUCGCAUGCCAAUUAUAAACAGUGCAGCGGCCAAACGCCGUUGCCAUGGGGCGUUGCCCUACACUGUGAUCCGCAACACUUGAAAACGCCUACAGGGAUUGUGCGCAUACUAUUGGUGUUAUCCUCGGCCGCCUGUUUGGCCUGCGAAUGCUCUGCGGGCACCGUACAGGUUGGCCUCUUUCUACUGCCACUCAUUGGACGCCUAAGACUAAUGGUCUUCUGUGCCCUCUUCUCACUACUCAUCACUUGCCUCAUGAUAUUUCUGGAUAUAUCCCAUAUAGCCCUUAUGUUUCCAUUCAAUUGGACAAAAGUGAAUACGUGGAUGUACCUGAGUGUUGGACUAAUAUUUAUAUUGAGCUCAACCCUUCUGGUUCACAUGGUUCUCUAUGCAACUGAAUAUACUGUGGUAUCAAAGCAUUCCAAGGAUACACUUCUGGCCACUGGAAUAAUUGGUUAUCUUUGCGCCUUGGAGGCAUUUCUAUUGUCGGGCAUUGCUUCGUGGCCGUGGAUUCAGUAUUAUCGUCAGGUUCCCGAUGAUGCCAGUGAACUAUUUAUUGAGGAUCGCGAAAUGACACCCAUGAGUCCCAUUAUUAGCACCGAAUUGCAGCCAACAACAACCACAACUGGUCACAAUCUGGCGCCGUAUCAGCAUAAUAUCCAUAAUAAUGGUAAUGGUAAUGCAACGGCUGCCGAUGUAUAUAACCAACAACAACAAUCGUCCUAUAAUCAAAAGCCUUAUAUACCUGCCAAACGACCCAAUGAGCUCAACAGUCAGGCAUUGGGUCACAAUACACAACAAACCGCACGCAUUAAACCCAAUCAACGCUAUCGAGAGGGCUACCACUAUCACACAACCACCCGCCAGAGUCCCACAUUCGUCCUAGGCGAUGAUCAGGGUGCCGGCCCAUCUACAUCCCGUUCCAAUGAUAACUCUAGUGCGUGAUAGUUUUAUGAUGAUGUUUUCGAUGUGUCCACUAAACCAGAUGACUAAUUCAAAUACAAAACGUUGAGGCAUCUUGCAUUUUUGGUCGAUGUAAAACAAACAAAUUGUUGAAUAUUUAAAAGAAAAGAAAACAAAAAAAAAAAACUUGUCAAAAGACAAAGGACAAAUUAACAGAAAUAUUUAAGCAGCAAGCAAAGCAAACAAACAAUAAUAAAUUU